CUUCUAGCUAGCCAUGCUCUGGCUUGAAAAAACAUCAGUCGAUCUCCUUCAUUCCCUCUUCGAUCAUUCUCUGAAGUCUGAACUCCGAGUUUAAUUUGCUAGCCCGGCCCUUCUUCCCAUUGGAAUGGCGCGCUUUGUCUUUGCGCUAGCGUGUGCCCUAGCUCUGCUGGCUUCUUCAGUAGCCUCUGCUGCAAUAGUCGAGCAAUCUUUCAACGUGAAUAACCUGACUGUUACACGGCUGUGCCAAAAUCAACUGAUAACCGCCGUUAAUGGGCAGUAUCCAGGUCCAACAAUAAGGGCAAGAGAGGGUGACACUCUUGUCGUUCACGUCCUGAACCAGUCCCCCUACAACCUUACUAUUCAUUGGCACGGUAUCUUUCAGCUUCUAAGUGCAUGGGCAGAUGGACCUGCAUAUGUAACCCAGUGCCCUAUACUUCCUGGAAAUAGCUACACGUACAGAUUCAACAUCACCGGACAGGAAGGUACUCUCUGGUGGCAUGCGCAUGUUUCAUGGCUCCGUGCAACUGUCUAUGGCGCCCUCAUAAUCCACCCAAGAUCCAAUCGAUCCUACCCCUUCGCUGCACCCUUCCAGGACGUACCGAUUAUGUUAGGAGAGUGGUGGAAUGCUAAUGUCGUCGACGUUGAGAAUCAAGGACUAGCCACCGGAGGUGCUCCCAACAAUUCCGAUGCUUACACGAUCAAUGGAUUACCCGGCGACUUCUAUAAUUGCUCUCAAAACCAGACAUAUAAGCUGAAUGUGGUGAGGGGAAAGACAUACAUGCUACGCAUAAUCAACGCUGCACUCAAUAACCAACUCUUCUUCGGCAUAGCCAAACACAACAUGACCGUGGUAGCCGUCGAUGCCUCCUACACCAAACCCUACGUCACAGAAGUCGUCUUGGUCGCACCGGGGCAGACCACCGACGUUCUCAUCACCGCCAACCAGCCCGUCGGGUCGUACUACAUGGCCGCCACUCCAUACGCUAGUGCAGCCAUACCAUUUCCUAACACAACCACACGCGGUGUCCUAUUAUACAACGGCUACAAUUCCUCGAGCGCUCCUCUCAUGCCUGCCCUUCCCAAUCCCCGUGACACGUCAACGGCACAUAGAUUCUCCAGCAACCUGACGGGGCUAGCCGGCGGGCCUCAGUGGGUUCCGGUUCCGCUCCAGGUAGACGAGCAUAUGUUCGUGACAAUAGGUGUAAAUCUGGAUGUAUGUGCCGAGGGUAUGACAUGUCAAGGUCCCCUUAACAACAGAUUGUCCGCGAGCAUGAACAACGAAUCCUUCCAGCUCCCUACAACACUCUCAAUGCUAGAAGCAUCAGUUUACAACGUGAGCGGGAUUUACACCACCGAUUUCCCCGAUAAUCCUCCGGUGGAGUUCGACUACACGAACGCGAACAUCAGCCUGGACCUAAACCUGAUCUUCGCCCCGAAAUCUACCAAGGUCAAGAAGUUGAAGUACAACUCGACCGUGGAGAUCGUGCUGCAGAACACGGCCUUUUUAGCGAUCGAGAAUCACCCUAUUCAUCUUCAUGGUUUCAACUUCCACGUAUUAGCUCAAGGGUUUGGAAACUAUGACUCCGUUAACGAUAGCAAGAACUUCAAUCUUGUCGACCCACAACUGCGUAACACAAUUGGUGUUCCGGUCGGAGGAUGGGCGGUGAUCAGAUUUCAAGCUAAUAAUCCAGGUGUAUGGAUGAUGCAUUGUCAUCUGGACGUGCACUUGCCAUGGGGUCUGGCCAUGGCGUUUGAGGUGGAAAAUGGAUCGACUCCUUCAUCUACUCUGCCUCCACCACCACUUGAUCUACCGAAAUGUUAAAUAUUUCUCCGACUCAAGAUGCAUCCCAACAGAAAUAGCUAUAGUUUCAGCACUAUUCUAAUAUACCUUUGUUAUUGUUAUCAUUUGGCUAUCAAUUUCAUUCGUUUCUGAUUGAGUUGAAAAUAAUCUGUAAUAAAGAUAGUGACAAUAUAUGAUAUUGUCAAUUGUAUUGUAUAAGGCGUCAACAUUCUUUUUACUGUAACAUUGUUCUUUUCAUACUACGUACUACACAUUUACAUUG